UUGUAUCUCUGUCCAUUUCCUCCACCGCUCGAUAAACUCUGUUUAACACAAACCAUGUUUGUUGAAUCUACCGAAAACAGUCCGAAAUUAUAGUGUGACUGAUAAGCGAGCACGACAGUGAUAAGCUUUUGAAACGGCGCUGCUCGCCAUUGGUCUUCUAUUUCACACUGAAGGAUGGCCGUCACUAGGUCACUUCUAUUUUUAUUUUUAAUUGCGUCGGUCGCAUUGGCCGGCAAUCACAACCGUCAUCACAGAAACCGACGGGAUAAUGAUCUCCACGAUUGGCUAACAGCUGAACAAAAAGAAUCUUUAAAGGAUAUUGCACAAGGAACUGAAGAGUUCAAGAAGAAGGUUGCAGUUUUCUACAACGAGCUGCCAGCUGAAAAGAGAGCAGAGUGGGACAAAUUCUAUAAGACUCACUGCUUCGAGUGGACUGCCAAAGCUCAAGGAGCUGACGAAGAAACUGAGUUCCAAAAGAAUCUUGCUGAUAAUGAUGUGGAAAAAGUCAGACAAAGAAUCGGAGAGCUGAAAAAGGAUUUGGAUGAGAAGGCAAGAAAGAACGUUGAGAUGUGGGAGGACGAUUGCUACAAACUUGUGAAGCCAAUGAGAAAGAGAAGAGAAAUUGAAGCUGAGUUCCAAGAUUUCGUUAAGUGGAUGACCCCAGAACAACUUGGCGAUAUUAACGCUUUGAAGACUGCCGGAAAAGACAGUGAGAUUCAAGAUAAAGUUAAAGAGUACUUUGCAAAGCUCCCAGCUGAUCAACAGAAAACUCUUACUGAAGAAUUCAAAGGAAAGUGCAAGGUUUACUUCACCCCGCUCAUGACCUCUGAUGAACUUGAAAAGAUCAAGACAUUGAAGGGAGACAAGGAAGCUGCUGGAGCACUUGUGAAAGGAGUAGUUGACAGACAAGAUGGCGAAGUCAAAGUGAUUGCCGAGAAGAUGCUCUCUGUAUGUACCUUUAAUAAAUUUACGGUAAAAUUGUAUCUUUCAGGUUUGUGGAGAAGUCUACAAGGAGUCUACCCGGAAGCGCAGAGAAAUUGAAGCUGCAUUCCAAGACUUUGUUAAAUGGAUGACCCCAGAACAACUCGGGGAUAUCACUGCUUUGAAGGCAGCUGGAAAGGACAGUGAAGUUCAAGCUAAAGUAAAGGAAUUCUUCGGACAGCUCCCAGCUGAUCAACAGAAAACACUGACCGAAGAAUUCAAGGGAAAAUGCAAAGUUUACUUCACUCCACUUAUGACUUCUGAGGAGCUUGAGAAGAUCAAGACAUUGAAAGGAGACAAGGAAGCUGCUGGAGCUCUUGUAAAAGGAGUUGUUGAUAGACAGGAAGGUGAAGUUAAGGCUGUUGCUGAAAAAAUGCUCACUGUAUGCGGAGAAGUUUACAAGGAUUCUAGCCGUAGACGUAGAGAGAUCGAGGCAGAGUUCCAAGAUUUUGUCAAGUGGAUGACCCCAGAACAGCUCGGUGAUAUCAACGCUUUGAAGACCGCCGGGAAAGAUAGUGAGAUUCAGGAUAAGGUUAAGGAAUACUUCGCACUUCUGCCAUCUGACCAGCAAAAAACUCUGACAGAGGAGUUCAAAGGAAAGUGUAAGGUUUACUUCACUCCACUCAUGACUUCUGAAGAACUCGAUAAGAUCAAGACAAUGAAGGAUGAUAAGGUGGCUGCUGGAGCACUUGUUAAAGGAGUCGUUGACAGACAAGAAGGAGAAGUUAAAGCUAUUGCUGAAAAGAUGCUCUCUGUUUGCGGAGAAGUUUACAAAGAUUCUAAACGCAAGCGAAGAGAGAUCGAAGCUGCAUUUAAAGAUUUUGUUCACUGGAUGACACCAGAACAACUUGGAGAUAUUACUGCAUUGAAAGCUGCUGGAAAAGACAGUGAAGUUCAAGCUAAGGUUAAGGAAUUUUUCGGACAGUUGCCGGCUGAUCAACAGAAAACUCUUACCGAAGAAUUCAAAGGAAAGUGCAAGGUUUACUUCACACCAUUGAUGACUUCCGAUGAGCUUGCAAAGAUCGAAACUUUGAAGGGGGAUAAGGAAGCUGCUGGAGCACUUGUCAAGGGAGUAGUUGACAGACAGGAAGGAGACGUCAAGGCUAUUGCUGAAAAGAUGUUGACUGUAUGCGGCGAGGUGUACAAGGAUUCUAGCCGUAGAAGACGAGAGAUCGAACCAGCAUUCCAAGACUUUGUCAAGUGGAUGACCCCAGAGCAGCUCGGACACAUCACAGCACUCAAAACCGCUGGAAAAGAAAGUGAAGUUCAAGAUAAGGUUAAAGAGUAUUUUGGACAAUUGCCAGCUGACCAACAAGCUACAUUGAAAGAAGAGUUCAAGGGAAAGUGCAGAGUGUUCUUCACUCCAUUGAUGACCUCUGAGGAACUUGACAAGGUGAAGACAUUGAAGGCUAAUAAAGAAGCUGCUGGAGCACUUAUGAAGACUGUGGUAGAUAGACAGUCAGGAGAAGUAAAGGCUACCGCUGAGAAAAUGCUUGGAGUUUGUGGAGAAGUGUACAAAGAGUCGAGUCGUAAACGCAGAGAGAUCGAGGCCGCAUUCAAAGACUUUGUUCAAUGGAUGACCCCUGAACAACUGGGAGAGAUCACAUCAAUGAAGGCCGCAGGAAAGGAAGGACCAGAACUUCAGGCCAAAACCAAAGAGUUCUUCGAGCAACUUCCAGCUGAUCAGCAAAAAACCUUGAAGGAAGAGUUCAAAGGAAAGUGCAAAGUUUACUUCACUCCAUUGAUGACUUCUGAAGAGCUCGAGAAGAUCAAGACAUUGAAGGGAGAUAAGGAAGCUGCUGGAGCACUUGUGAAGGGAGUAGUUGACAGACAAAUGGGAGACGUGAAAUCUAUUUCAGAGAAGAUGCUUGCUCUGUGUGGAGAAGUCUAUAAAGACUCUAGCCGCAGACGUCGAGAAAUCGAAGCUGUGUUCCAGGACUUCGUUAAGUGGAUGACUCCAGAACAACUAGGAGAUAUCACUGCUUUGAAGGCAGCUGGAAAAGACACUGAGGUGCAAGAGAAGGUGAAGGAAUACUUUGGAAAACUCCCAGCUGAUCAACAGAAAACACUUACUGAAGAAUUCAAGGGAACUUGUAAGACUUACUUCUCCCCUCUGCUCACUUCUGAAGAGUCUGAAAAGAUCAAGGAACAUGUUGCAUCCGGAGACAAGGAGGCCUCCAAAGCACUUGUCAAGGGAGCUGUGGAUAGACAAGAAGGAGAAAUCAAGACAAUUGCCGAGAAGAUGUUUGGAAUUUGUGGAGAAGUCUACAAGGAGAGCAAGUCUAGACGUGACGUGGCUGCUAAAAUCGAGAAGCAUUUAAGUUGGCUUCAAGCCGAGGAGAAGGAAGAGAUUCUGAAAAUGAGCAAAGAAGGAAAGAGCAAGGAUGACAUCAAGAAACGUCUGUUCGAGAUGGUUGAAGCCAAGGAGAAGGAUGCAGGAGAGAAGGAGAAAACCGUAAAACUGUGCUACGCUUGGAUGGAUGAUGUAGCUACAAAGGAAGAAAUCGAGGGGCUUCACAAGUUGCACCAUGUUGAUCAUGGAGCAUGCAAGAAGAAGGUUCGCGAGUUCAUCGGAAGACUUCCAGAGGAGAAACAGAAAGCUGUUGAAGCUUCCCUUCCAUUCUGUGAAAAGCUCUGGUAUGGAGAUCAUGCAUCUCAUGAGGGACACGAAGGACAUGGAGAUCACUCUGGACACAAUCAUCAUCACAUAAAGAGACGUCAUUUGGCUGUAAUUGAAAAGUACAUUGAGUGGCUUGAUGAGAUUCAAAAGGGAGCGAUUAGGGAGUUGGAAGCAUCUGGAGCAGAUUUCAAUGUGAUCGCUGAUAAAAUCAAGGAAUUCUUCCAUCUUCUUCCAGAACAGAAACAAACUGAUGUUAAGGAGAAGUUCCAGAAUCAAUGCAUGACUUGGGCGAAAGAAGUUUCAAAGCCAACCGAAUGGGAAGAAAUCAAGAAAUUGCACGCUGCCGAAGACUUCAACACAUUGAAGCUGAAGCUUGUAGAACUGGAAGAGCGCCUUACAGAGAAUCAGAAGCAUACAAUUGAGCACGUGAGAGGAGUCUGCUAUAGACUUUGGGGAAUCAAGAAUCUUGCCAGAAGACGUCGUGUUCCAAACUCAGAAGCUUCAUUCCAAGAGAAAGCGGCCAAGUAUUUGGAUUGGAUGAACGAAGAACAAUUGAACGAAUUGAAGAGAUUGAAAAGUGAGGGAAAGAAGUCCGAGGUGAUGAAGGCCAUUCUAAAGUUCUACGAUGAAACAACCGGAGAUGCCAAGGAGAAGGCCGAGGGCAAGUUGAAAGAAGCUUGUAAGGAGUAUUCGGUUAAGGCUUUCGGAGAGGAGAAGGUGGCUCAAUUCAAGGCUCAAUACAAAAAAUUGAAGGAUGAAAAUGCGGAACAGUCCGAGAUUGAGAAGUUGUCCAAUCAAUACAUUGACGAGAUUGAGGAUGAACAGAAGAAGGACUUUGCAAAGGCUGUUGUCACUGGCUGCAAGCAUGUCUACGCCUCAACUCGUUCCCGCCGUGAUCUGAUCGCUCAGGCGGUUGCCGAAUAUCUUCAGAACGCUUAAUGAUUAGAAAACUUCACUUUUGCAGUUAUAAACUUACUUGUCUAUAUGAUGAAUUUUAAUUAUUUGAACUGCAACAAGAAGAUUAUGAAAU